AUGGGGAGAAUUCCGGUUGAGCUUAGCUCACUUUCAAAGCUCGUGUCAUUGAAUCUUGGCCGUAACAAUCUCAUCGGCAACAUCCCACCACCACUCGGGAUCCUCUCAUCUCUUGUUUCUCUCUAUCUACAUUAUAACAGUUUCGAAGGAAGCCUCCCUGAUGAGCUAGGACAGCUAGUGAAAUUACAAAAUCUUGAGACAUAUUCAAAUAAACUGAGCUUUGUCAAGGGUAUUAUUCCUAUUGGUGUUGGGAAGCUUCGAAAUUUGGAGGGAUUGUAUUUGUACAGCAACAGACUUUCAGGACAAAUCCUAUCAUCCAUUGGCAACAUCACUCGGUUGGUUAAACUCUAUUUAGAUGGAAAUUGUUUGCAAGGAAGCAUCCCUUCUAGUCUGGGAAACUGUCGUCAUCUUGAAACAUUGGUUCUUGGUAGAAACAAGCUGAAUGGCACCAUACCCAAAGAAAUUUUAAGUAUUCCUUCCCUGGUCACACUUAAUAUAGACCAGAAUUCUUUGGUUGGAUCUCUACCACCGGUCGUUGGCAACUUGGAACUACUUCAAUAUUUGUUUGCUGCUGACAACAAAUUGAUGGGUGAAAUUCCUAGUGAGAUAAACAAUUGUCUGAGCCUUGAAGUCCUUAAUUUGAGCAAUAACUUGUUUCAAGGGGCCAUUCCUCCGGGCUUGAUCAACUUAAAAGGUAUUAAACUGCUAGAUCUUUCUCAUAAUAAUUUGUCUGGGCAUAUUCCAGAAGCUCUACAGAAAUUUCCAUUUCUGGAGUACUUGGACUUGUCAUCCAAUGAUCUUGAAGGCCAAGUCCCAACUCAAGGGGUUUUCAAAAAUUCGAGCAAAUUUUCGAUCCUUGGAAACAACAAGCUUUGUGGAGGUAUCCCACAAUUAUGGUUGCCAGUGUGCCCAAAGAAAGCUCCCAAGAAACAUGGAAUGCCUAUUUCUCUGACAGUAAUAUUCUCCAUGGUCGGUGCAGUUUUAGGUUUGAUUCUUUUAUCAUUUCUCUUUGCUACUGUUUUCCGGGUGAGAAGAAAGGCCAGCAAGAGGACUUUGCCUGCCUUUUUCUUGGAGGGCCAAUUUUUAAAUGUUUCUUAUGUGGAUCUCUUUAAAGCAACUGGUUGCUUCUCUUUGGAUAAUUUGAUUGGUGUGGGAAGUUAUGGUUCUGUAUACAAAGGACUUCUAGAUCAGGAAUCAAACAUGUAUUGCAGUGAAAGUUUUCAAUCUACAAGAACGUGGUGCUUCUAG